AUGCAAGAAACUAACGAUCAAAUGCUGAUUAUCAAAGUUGCCAAUUCGAAGCCAAUUUAAAUCAAAUAAUUUGACACUCCCUUAUAAAUUGCUCAUAGGUUUUGCAGCGAUAAUAAUAUUGAGUUAAGAAAGUGCAAGACAAUUAGCAACCAGAUAAUCCGAAUUUUUAGAGCUUAUGUUGAUGAAUUUAAACAAUUGAAAUAAUUCUCUAAAUACUUCAGUAACUAAGAACCUUUGAAGAAAAAAGUUUAGUAUUCUUUGGAAGAAAUAAUGAAUCAAGAAGAAAAGGAAAACUCUUAUUAUUCAUUUUAAUAAGAAACUCAACUAGACGAGAAAUUAGGCAAUCCCAUACCAUCAGUGGAUAUCUACAAAAGUCCCAAGGAAGGGAUUCAGCAUUUAAGUGCGGGCGCGCAGAUAGACUCCAAAAAGUUGGAAGAUAUGAGUAGAAAACUGUAUUAAAACAUCUUAUCGCCAACACCUGAUUGUGGUUAUAUGAUCAGCUAUAGUUAGACAACCAAAAACAUCUCGAAGUUACAGAGAUAAUUACAACUCAACAAGCUCUAGGCCAAUAGGCCAUAAUAAAAGAGUCAAGAGAAACUCAAAAGCAAAUCUCCUCACAAUUCAACUCAAAAGAGUCCACUGCUCAAUAAGUCUGGAUAUUUUGAGAAUGGGAACAAGGUGCAAAGUAGUUUAGUCUUGCAACAGAUAAAACAACAGGCAUUAAGUACGAAGAAUUAACAGAUGGUGCCGUUAAGAUAGUUAUCAAUUUCAAGAGCCUCAAGCAUAGGAAGGACACGAUGCAAAACUGAAAUGUUUGGGGAUGACAAAUUACAAAAGAUUAGCAACAAGCUAUUCAAUUUAUUGGAUAAUGACAAGGAUGGGUAUAUAUCACCUUCUUAGAUUGAUUUAAGCAAAAUAUCGGAUGAUAUAUUAAAGUAAUGA